UAUCAAACCGUUACCUUUUGUCGCACGAUAGAUCGCAGUCUGCGCCCAACUAAAAGGCGUUUAGUCCUCGUUUGUUGUGUACCAUAUAUGGUGCCAACACUCCUCGAAGGUUCUUUAUUCCUUUCAGCUCAUACCCCAUCCAAAUUCUAUCCGCACAAUGUCCGACUUCCUACUUUUUGAGUCCGGUCUGGGCUUUGCCCUGUUCAAAUCCGUUCAUCAAGCAGACACGGUCGCGCUGAGACUCAAAGAAGUCCAGCAAGGUGUCGCUGAUCUCAGCAAGUUCGGCAAGAUGGUCUCCCUUGUCAGUUUCCUGCCAUUCGAGAACGGCAAACAAGCUCUGCAAGAGCUCCACGAUGUCUCCGAAGGCAUUGCCUCCGACUUCCUCAAGUCCUUCCUCGAGUUGAACCUACCAAAAGCGGGAAAGAAGAGCAAGGUCACUUUGGGUGUCUCUGAUAAAAUCUUGGCUAGCAGCAUCAAAUCGGCAUUUCCCAACCUCGAAUGUGAAACUGGUGAUACAAGUGAGGUGGUGCAGGACAUGCUCAGAGGGAUCCGCCUUCAUAGUGAGAAGCUGCUGAAACAGCUGCGUGAGGGAGAUACCAACACUGCGCAGCUCGGUUUAGGCCACGCCUACUCUCGAGCUAAGGUCAAGUUUUCGGUGCAGAAGAAUGAUAACCACAUUAUCCAAGCUAUUGCGAUCCUCGACCAGCUCGACAAGGCCAUCAACACAUUCUCUAUGCGGGUGCGCGAAUGGUACUCCUGGCACUUCCCUGAACUUGUCAAGAUUGUCUCGGACAACCACAAAUAUGCCAAGGUUGCUCUCUUUGUCAAAGACAAGAAGACUCUGUCCGAGGCAAGUCUGCACGACCUCGCCGCGGUGGUUGAAGAUGACGAGGACAUUGCCAAGAGCAUCAUCGAAGCAGCAAAGACCAGCAUGGGUCAAGAGAUCUCCACCUCAGACAUGGAAAAUGUUACUCUCUUUGCGCAGCGAGUGGUCAGCCUGGCUAACUACCGAAAAACCCUCUAUGCAUACCUGGUAUCUAAGAUGGGAGUUGUGGCUCCCAAUCUGGCAGCUCUUAUUGGCGAAGUUGUCGGUGCCAGGCUCAUCUCCCACGCCGGUAGUCUCACCAACCUGUCCAAAUACCCCGCCUCCACCGUUCAGAUUUUAGGUGCCGAGAAGGCUCUCUUCCGAGCACUAAAGACCAAGGGCAACACUCCAAAAUACGGCCUCCUAUACCACUCGUCGUUCAUUGGACGUGCUGGACAAAAGAAUAAGGGUCGGAUAUCAAGAUUCUUGGCCAACAAAUGCUCAAUCGCUUCAAGGAUCGACAACUUUUCCGAGAAGCCUUCGACGGUGUAUGGAGAGGCAUUGAAGAAGCAAGUUGAGGAGCGGUUGGAGUUUUACUCGUCGGGUGCACAACCUACCAAAAACGAGAUCGCCAUGAAAAAUGCAAUGGACAAGAUCCUCGAAGACUUGGAUGUCGAUGAUGCUGCAGACGCAGAUGAAGAAAUGUUCGACGCAGAGCCUGCCGCUGUCCAGAAACAGGAAAAGAAGAAGAAGGACAAGAGCGAAAAGAAAGACAAGAAAGACAAGAAGCGGAAAUCAGUCGACGCCGAUGGUGAUGUAGCAGUGGAAGACGCAGUCGUCGAAAAGAAAAAGAAGCGCAAGUCGAUGGACGGUGAUGCCGGCGAGAGUAAGAAAAAGAAGAAGACAAAGUCAUCGUAAUGAAGGGAUGACCGUGUGUCUGAUUUCACUGUCUGCAUAAAUGCGUGGCGUUUUUGAGCCUUACAAGGACCAGGAUCGGGGUUCUGAGAAAUGGGGGAUUUUCUUCAUGGGGAUUCUGUGGAUGCUCGACGAUGAAGAAGGGGGUUGUCUCUCGUGGUAUGUAUGAACAAGCAUCUUAUUCCACAAAAGUUACAAUGAUGGGCGAUGCCAUGAUGAAUGUCCUCAUUCACUACGCCGAGUGAGAGGGUCUUUAUGGUGUGUAUCAACAUAGUAUGUGCCCCAUGAGAACCAUGGUUAGACGGCGAUGCUAUGGAAGCUACCUACUUAGUAUCAGUGUUACCACCAAAAAUAUCAGAAUUGAGCAUCUA